AUGGCGGCCCCCGCUGCGCUGCUGUCGCAGCUGCAUCAGCAGUGGAGCGUGAAGUUCAAGGUUGAGCCGCUGGAUUCACUUUCAGAUCUCGUCAUGGACGCUCUGGAUGGGGGCACUGAAGUUGCCGCGGCCUCUGCGCCCGCGCGCGCUGCUCCGCUGUCGCUCGCUUCGCUCCAGCAGUUCCUCCUCUCUUCCGACCUGCGCACGCUGCCGCUGGCGCCGCCGCUUCCUGAGGGCUUCAUGCAGCAGAAGCCGCCUGCUGCGCUCCCGGGGCCGCUUUUCCUCAUGCUUCUCUCGUCGCGAGACAUCACGCUGCCUCUGAAGGAGGGCGCCGAAGACUUUGCGGCUGCAGCUGCUGCUGCACCGUGCUACCGCGGGCACAAGCGGCGCAUGCUGCUGCUCAAGCUCACGGACGGCGCGGGGUGUACGUACACGGCGAUCGAGCACCAGUACUGCCGGCAGCUUGACGUCGCCCUGGUGCCGGGCCUGAAGAUGUUGCUGUCGCCGUCGACGCGCCUCAUGAACGGCUUGUUCCUGCUGCAGCCGGCGACCGUGCAGGUCCUCGGCGGCCGCGUGGGAAGUCUGGAGAGUGCUUUCAAACUUCGCGAGCAGGUCCAGCAGGCGCGCUUGCACCGGAAGGUUGGUGGAGGGGGCGAGGACGAAGCUCCCCCGCGAUUCGUGCCUUUUUCCUAUGCGGCGGCGAAAAAGGCGCUCGCCGAGGGGCAGGGCGUCGUCGCCGCGGCGCUCGAGAGUCAGCACCAGAAGAGCCGCGAGAAGGCUCAGAACGCCCACCGCGGUGAGGACCGUGAAGAGGCCCGAAAGACGCUCCAGCAGCUCAAGGACGAGGUGGACGCGGGGGGCGCGGGGGGCGCGGGCAGCAAAGUGGAGAAAUUCCAACAGAAGCAGCACGAGGAGGCGAAGAAAGCGGCCCUCCAGUCGCUCGUCGUGACUCCCGGCACCCGAGACCGCGGCGAGCGGCGCGGGCGUCCCCGCGACGAGGCGGGCGAAGGCGCCGGCGUUCGCGGGGGCGGGCGGGGUCGCGGCAGGGGGCGACGCAGGGACGACGACGACGAGGGCCUCUACAUGCGAGACCCGAAAGCCCCUGUCGCGUACGACUUACUUGACCUGAUUUGCAAAGAAAAACCUUCUGCGGCCGCCCGCACGCCUCCCGCGAGCGCCCCUGCGAGUGCGCCGGCCGUGAAUCUCUCUCUGCAGUCCGUGCCGCCCAGUGCGCGAGAGGCUCCUCCGCAGUCCGCGCCGAGUGCGCCGCCGCAGCGACGCGGGGGCUUGCCCUCUGAGGCCGAUUUCGAGAGAGGCAAAGGGCGAAGAGACCCGCGCGGGCGCGGCGGUCGGGGCCGAGAGGCGCCUGUCGCGGCGCACAGAGAGCCCGAAGGCGGGCACUUCUCCUCGUACUACUACUUCCCAGAGGAGCCGUCUUUCCCCCCCGCAGGGGGCGCUGCGUUUUCCGCGGAGACCCACGCGCCCUCGCAGCCGCCGCGACCCUCUGCGCCCGGCGGCGGCGGGGCGGCGCCUGCGACGCGUGCGAGGAACGGCCCUGCUGGACGGGCGGCGCACCGGGGCACCUUCGCGGGCGCGCAGGCCGCCGCUGCGUCUCACGCGCGCUCGCCGUCUCCUGCCCCCUCCCCCGCGGGCUCGGCCUUCUCGCCCUACGGGCCCGCGACGCCACACGCACACGCGCCGCCCAGCCACGCACCUGCCAGGCCCGCGUCUGGAGCCUUCGGCGGCGGUGGCCCCCCACCCCGCGGAGGGCGCGGCGGGCCGCGGGGUGCCCGAGGGGCGGGACGAGGCAGGGGGGGACGCGGAGGCGCAGCGAAACGGGAGUUCUAA